GAUAUGAGACCAAACAAUUAAUAUAAAAGCCACCCACAGUAUCAAAGCAAAUCAUUAACACAGUGAUAACCGAACUAAAGUGUAAAACAUGAAAUUCGCAACGAGCGCUCUCUCCGUGGUAGUACUGCUCUUCGCAGUUAGCCAGGCAAGCAUCAUACCUGCCGAGCAAUUGGAUGGCAAUGACUUUUCAGAAUGCAUCCAGAAGUACCAAUCACUGCUUACUGAAUACUCGAACCUCGAGAAGGCAGCCAGGCAACAAAUGAUCGACUGUUUCCAAGAUGGCACCCAGUGCUUUAAGCAUUAUGCGCCCAUUAUGGCCGCGAUCAACCAACGCAUGGCCGCAGUAGAUGCAAAAAUUAGUUAUUGCUUGCAACACGGAGGCGACUCAGAACCCGAAGUUUCUACAAGCACGUCUAGUACUGACUCUCCAGCAACAGAAGACACUACCGACUCCACUUCAACUAGUAGCCCAACUGGACCUGUGACCAUUACCGAUUGCUUGAACAGUUACCAACCACAAAUUGCUGACUUAACGUCCAAGGAGAAAGCUGCAUUUAACCAGAUGGUCGAUUGCAUGACUUCAGGCAAUUCACAUGCCCUUUGCUCCAAUGAAUAUGAGCCCACUGUAGAUCAGAUCAACUCCAGUAUCGCAGCCGUUCACCAAAAAUUUACAAUGUGCUUGGAAGAGGCUGAGUCCGAUAGUGUUUAAUUUGAUCAAUGCUGUCAAGAUCGCUUUAAUGUCUUCUUCUUCUUUACUGGCUUUAAUGUCUUACGCUUUCAAUAUUUUCAUUUAAUUAAUUAAUAAUUUCAAAGUAAUAAAAAAUCAAUUGCAUUAGAGAAA